GAGCGACUAGGUGAUGCCGGCGAGCUGUAUUUCAUCGCUUUUCUCGAAGACGCUCAGCGAUAAUUCUGUGCUGAUUUUAAACCUAUUGUCUGACAAUUUCCCGACGACUAGAGGCUAUUAGACUUUACAAAACUGAAAUUUGUCAAAUUCUGCAAUAACGAUUUUGCGAUAAAAAUAGAUAUGACAUGUAUUUUGUGGGCAUCAUAAUGGUUGAUAUCAUGAUUAUACGAAUUUCUUUACGAUUUAACCACUCCCUUUAACAACGUUUAAGUAGAAGGUAGGUCAUUAGCAAAUGAAACAUUUGCAAUAAACGAGAUCACACUUAUCUUUACUUUCCACGAUAAUCCCAACUGUUCAUUUUCAAAACAAAUACAAGGUCAUGGCGAUGGGUAUUCUUAAAAUUGAUUCUCACUCUCAAAUAAUCCAAUUUUUGAUGAAUAUGGCCCAUAAGCCUUUAAGGAUGAUCAAAUGGGCACCAAGAAAAGUAUUGCUUACCUAAUAGUAAAACUACGUCACAAAAAAGGGACAGGCACCAAGCAUUAUUCUUACCCCAGGAUCCUAAUUAGAUUUCAUAAAAAUUAGAUCUUGUUAAAUCAGGGCCUUCGUCGGUAAAAUGCGAGUUAUGAAAUAAAUCAUAAAAAAAUCACGGAAAAGCGCCUACUUACCUAAAAAGUACCUACCAACCAAAUGAAAUGCACUCAGUAGUUGCCCGGAAAUAUAGAAAUAAUUAAGACACCAGGUACUGAGGUACAGAUAUCCAAUAAUCUUUUUAAAACCGUUCCGUGUUUAAGGUCUACGAUUAACUGCAAAUUCCAUAUUGUGGAAUCCACGCAGUACGCACACAUACCUAUGAAUUCCUUCAUCAGCCACUCCUUUAUAUUUAUAACCGUGAGAUAUGGCAUAAGCCUAUAAAGUCAGAUAUGGCAUAAGCCUAAGUCAUAUUUUUCAUUAACUUUUGAGUCGGCUUGAGCUUGCGGAACGUUUUCAUCUUAUAGAUUCUAAUUACUUACUUUAUGUUGCAGAUAUUAUGCUAUAAGUAUAUUUAUCAGCAGCGGCUGAUUGUUUUCAAAUUUGUUGUUUGUGCAUUGCUAAUCAGUAAAAUUUGUCGAACGUCGUUCUUGAUCUUUUUGUUUCCGGUAAACUUAACAACGAAUAGUAAUAAUUUAUAAUUUAAUAACAGCCUUCGAAUAAAUUCGAAAGCUAUAUAUAACUGUUUUCUGCAGAUAUGACUUGUUAUUUAUUUUACCACUCCCUGUGGUGACUUAUUUGUGAUAAAAUCAAUCCCUUUGAAAACUAAUUGUAAACCUUUGCAUAUAAGUGCAGACGCUACAACACUUUAUCAGAUACAAUUAUUAGUAUGAAGUAUUUGCCUUUUAUUUGUUUAAAAUUCGUUUGUUUAAGAUUUAUCUGUUUAAAAUUCGACAUUCCUUCUAAAUAUUUCCUUAUUUCCUUAUUUUCUGUAACUAACUCGCCCCCUCUCAGAACAUGUCAGGGCUACCAAGUGAAAUAAGAAGUCUUGUGCUGGUGACUGUUUUAGGACUGUUACACUUCACCCUGCAGUUCUCAACGCGGGUCUUGUUUGGAAUAGUGUUACUGCUCCUUACUCUAUCCAACAUUCAUCACAUACUCGGGUUGUCGAUGAGAAGCUUAGUGGUAAGAAGACUGGUACACCGCUACAUAGCAUGGUCCCUCGUCAGCUUCAGAAUCAAGUUCAUGAACGGAUACUCAUGGUACAGUGAGGUUGAUAAGACUGUGAUACUUGGAGCUCUCCCCAUCCCUGAAAAUGUUCCCAGUCUGAAGCGAGCCAAAGUUAAACUCAUCAUCACCCUUUGCGAACCAUUCGAACUGGAACCCAUCUAUACAGAGCAGGAAUUCAAGGACAUGGGCUUCGUUAAUAAACGAUUUUCGAUACCAGACGUAUUCGGUGCACCAGAAAUCAAGGACUUGGUUGAAAUAAUGAAGAGCAUAUCAGAAACUGAAAAGAGCGGGUACCGAACGUACGUACACUGCAAAGCAGGGCGGGGUAGAAGUGCCAGUACGGUGCUCUGUUAUCUGAUGUUCCGCUACAACGUGAGUGUGGAAUGGGCCCUGACCCUCCUCAAGAGGCAGAGAUUCGAAGUGUCCCCCAAACCACAGCAGCUACUACGGGUGAGGGAAUUCCGGGAGAAGUUCCAGAACAUUCCGGAACUGGGGGAAGUCACCUUUAAAGCCAGUGAGGACUGUGCACUACUGGACGGCGCCAAGUACCGGUUUGCUUUUAGGCACAUCACCGAAAGGAGGAACAGUAUGCCCAACUGCACCAGCAUAGUUAACUACAGACAAAAGUUUGGACUGCUGGACCCGCUUGACCCGAGUAGACUGGCAGCAAUGGCAGAGGAAAAGACUGCAAAAUCGGAGGCGAUAGAGAAGAGAAAGAGAUUGCCAGUCAGGAGGAGUAUUACCAGAUGAUUAUUAGACUGAUUAGGGCAAUGCCCUCAAUUCUGAAAGUAAGCACUGUAUAAAAGACAGAUAUGUUCAUAGUGAAACUAAAGUUUCUGAGAAAGACGCAGAAAACUUGCACCACGCCGAUAUGGAUGGCACCUGGACUAGUAUAGACAGAAAUCGAAGAAUAAAGAUUGAACUCUGAAGGAUUUUAUUGAUGCAAGGUUUUAAUAAAAGUCGAUAUCCAGAAAAUUCUUGUUUAAAAUCCGAAUCUUACGUCCAUCUACAGUGACUGGAUAAACAGAUUUUGUGCGCUGGCUUUAUCAGCCUUCGUCCUGAGUGAAAACCUAAAGCUUGAUAACUAGGGCCGUGAGAAUUAUCCGUAUUUCUAUUAUAAAAGCUGUAUUGCUGAGAAUUGUUGACGCUUGCAGUUAGACUUAGAAUAAUUAGUAUUUAUGAGCUGGGGUUACUGUACUAUUUAAUGUCGACCACUGCCGAUGAAAGAUAAAUUAUUAUUACUGGCCUCGCAUUAUCUGGAAAUUUACUA